CUCCGAGAGAUACCUCACCUCACUUGUCGAACUCACUGCUAGUCGUACUCUUGUGCUCUUCCCUCAUCAUGGCACCAAACGCAGUCAACCAGGCAGCCAUCCUGGUUGCUCAAGGUGCCGACAUGGUUGUCGAGGAGCGUCUUGUUCCCUCACCCGGACCCGACGAAGUCUUGAUCCGCAACCGUGCCGUCGGGGUCAAUCCCGCGGACUGGAAACGACAGAGGGAGGGCCUUCUCAUCCCAUUCUACCCAAUCAUCAUCGGCACCGACUGCAGCGGCGUGAUCGAAGCCGUCGGUCCCAACGUGACGACCCGAAAGCCAGGCGACCGCGUCUGCGCCUACGCCGAUGCCUUUUACAGUCAGAAGCUCGACCAUGCCGGCUUCCAGACCUACAUAUUGUCAAAUAUCCACGACACGGCUGUCCUGCCCGACAAUGUCAGCUUCUACCAGGGCGCCACGCUGCCCACGGCCAUUGCCACGGGAGCUGCCGCGCUGUUUGAGACUCUCAAGCUCCCGCUGCCCUCCGAGUUCUCCACGAACCCGCCUACAUCAGGCUCUAAAUCCAUGUCCGCCAGCCCGGGGCCGAUCCUUCUGGUAUGGGGCGGCGCCUCGUCAGUCGGCAUGGCCACGAUCCAGCUUGCCCGCCUCGCGGGAUGCACGGUCUACACCACGGCCAGCCGCAAGCAUCAUGCCUACCUGAGCGAGGAGUUGGGCGCGAAAGUGGUGGUUGACUACCGCUCGCCGACUGUUGUCGACGAGCUGGUUGCCGCGGCUCAACGGGAGGGCAAGGAGAUUCUUCACGUGGUUGACGCCAUCAGCACGGUUGAGACACUGGCGAAUUCUGUUGAAGUUUUGGCCAAGUUCAGACGUGAAGGUGCCGAAGCCAAACCCAAGCUUGCGACGGUCCAGCCGUGGCCUGAAAAGCAGCUGGUGUUGCCCAGAGAGAUUGAGGUCGCCAUGGUGCGCGGGGAUGUGCUGUGGCAUAGCAGAAGGGAUUUGGCUUUGUGGCUUUACAGGGAUGAGACCCUGGCAAAGUGGCUGCAGAGUGGUGAGUUCAAGCCGUCGCCGUACCGGGUUGUGAAGGGCGGCGCGGCUGGUGUGCAGGAGGCUAUUGACAUCGUGGCUAAGGGGGUUAGUGGUGAGAAGGUGGUGAUUGAGUGGUGAGCGGAGAUGUUGCCAGUGGUUGAUAAAGUAGGGAAUUCGUGGAGGAUGAUGUCCGCACGUUUUACGGUGCUACAUGUAGAAGUCUUGUCGUUCGGGAAACUCGGAUGGUGGAAUUUUGGAAAUACCUACCAUCGUAAGUAGGGAGUUUGCCAAUCGUCAGACCCUGACAGUGGAAUCUCUGACGGGCCGACUCAGAACAUCGCCAGAUCUUGCCAGCCCUUGGCAGCCCCCAAGUGUGGGGCAUUGCCAGGCUCUGACGAGUGUCAAACUCCCUACUUACGAUGGUACGAGUUACCGGC